AACAAUCGGCGAAUAUUCGAUUCACCCCCUCGACCACCUCCUCCACCAAAUAGUAAGGGUAAAAUCGGUAUUUUCACAUCUGAAAUUAAGUUCAACCCCAAAAACGAUUACCAGUGACCCGAGUUCAAUUUUUCCGGCCGGCCGCCUCCGCCAUGGAUAGAACCUCUCCCGAAUCGGAGCUCUACACCAUCCCCAGCCACUCCAGUUGGUUUUCCUGGAACAGCAUCCACGAACUGGAGAAAUUCACCCUGGGUGAGUUUUUCGACGGAAGCUCAGUCACCAGGUCACCCAGAAUCUACAAAGAGUACAGGGAUUUCAUAAUCACCAAGUACAGGGAGGAACCGUCCAGAAAACUGACCUUCACCGACGUCCGUAAGUCACUGGUGGGUGACAUUAGCGUACUCCUCAAAGUAUUCACCUUCUUGGAUAAAUGGGGUCUCAUCAAUUUCAACGUCACCGACAACAAUCGGAGAAGUGUCGGAACGUCGUCGUUUGGUGGUGAUGAGGAGGAGGAGGGGGAAGAAGAUCUUUGGAAGGGUAGGGUGAAGGUUGAAGAAGGGGCCCCACAUGGGGUGAGGGUGGUGGCCGCCCCCAACUCGAUGAAACCGUUGAUCGCCCCUCCACCGCCGCCCUCCGUGGCGGUGGAUGGCGGUGGGGCUGUCGGGGAAGUAGGGGAAAGUGGGUUCAAGUAUCCGCCUUUGGCUUCGUAUUCUGAUGUUUAUGGGGAGUUGAUGCAUGCGGAGAAGAAAACCGGCUUCUCGUGUGGGAGUUGUAAGGAGAAUUGUGAUUCGACUUGCUAUGAAUACACGAAGGAAGAGAGCUUUACUCUCUGUGAGAAGUGCUUCAAAAGUGGGAAUUACGAAAACGACAAAUUUGCGUCGGACGAUUUCAAGUUAAAAGAUUGUGUGAAUCAGACCGAAGCUGUCUGGACCGAAGCGGAAACUUUGCUUCUUCUAGAAUCUGUGUUGAAGCACGGAGACGACUGGGAUCUUGUUGCUACGAACGUUCAGACGAAAAGUAAACAGGAAUGUAUAUCGAAGCUUAUACAGCUGCCUUUCGGCGAUCAUAUGUUGGGAGUUGGCCAUAAGAGGAGUCGAUAUUUGGAUUUAAUUUCUGAUAUUAGUAGUAAUUCUAAACAAGCGGAAUUAGCUUCCGAUGAAUCAAAACCGUUGGAUGGAGAUGCUGAGAAUGAAGGUCCACCGUUGAAACGAGUGUGCAGUACUGAACCCACAUCAGAUAUUGGAAGUUCUUUAAUGAAACAGGUAGCGCCCAUUUCUACGAUGCUGGGCCCACAUGUCACAGCUUCAGCAGCUGAUGCUGCUGUUACUUCCCUUUGCUACGAGAACCAGUGUUCGAGAGAAAUAUUCGACGACGACAAGGGAAAUUUUGUCAAUAACUCAAAAGCAUCUCCUGGAAUCAGUAACCAAACGAGAGAAGCCGAUGCUGACAUUGCAUUAGAAGACGAAAGUCCCGAUCGAUCAGAUAUUGAGGGAAUAUCAUCUGUGAAGAGUGUAAUACCGAUGAAUUUGAGAACGAGGGCUGCAACUGCAACAGCACUUGGUGCUGCUGCUGCAAAUGCUAAACUUCUGGCUGAUCAAGAGGAGAGAGAAAUCGGACAUCUUGUGGCAACUAUGAUUGAAGCCCAGGUCAAGAAACUGCAACGAAAGAUGAAGUGCUUCGAAGAUCUGGAGACAAUUAUGGAAAAGGAAAACAGCCAGCUGGAGAAACUGGAAGAAACCCUAAUAGCCGAGCGAAUAGAUGUGUUGCAGAAGCUAUUUUCUGCCGGUAUAUCAAGAUCGAAGGAGCUUAACUCGAUCAAGUACCAAACGGAUACUGUGCAGUGAUACAAUACGAACUAAUUUCAAUUUCGGAAAAAAAAAUGUAGAAUUAAUUAUGCGUGUUAAAAAUAUGUAUUACGGAAAACAGAUAUUUAUUUCGAAAUGGGGCAGCUUCGAAGAUGAACGUAAGGAGAAAAAGGAUGAGUUGAUCCAACGGUUGAGAUCUGAUCUGAUCUCAACCCAAGCAGAUGCACAGGUGGCGCUGAGAUACUUGUCCUGCAAGGCUUUUUUGCAUGCAGGCAGUGUGCAUGGAUUUAGGUUGAUACCAAUUGCAGAUUCCACAUCUAGUGCUGUAACCAAUAUUAUAAAACAUUUCUUCACUUGCAUUUUUUGGAAUUUGUGUUUUCUAUUCUUGAAGAAAA